UUCACCAGGUAUCGCGCCAGCUUAUCGUCUACAGCAGUUAGUUAUCAUGGGAUUCACUUCCAUAAAAUGUGGGGGGAAAAGAGUGAGGAAAAAAAAAACGUUUUGCCCCAGAGCACACCUAUCAGCCGAUGUACGUACGUUAGAGUGCGUUGGUACAUAGUGACCAUUUACAGCUUCUUGUAAGCCUAUUGUGAGCAGAUUUGAGGUACGUAUAUAAAAUGGGACCCAAAAUUUGGAUAGCUUGUCAAACGUGGAAGCUCAACAGCGGUAGCAACACUGAAGCAAGUUCCAAAUCCGGCACAACACACACACUCACAACAAGCAACCAUGUUCCGAGCACUUCUCCUGAUUGCCCUUGUGCCGGCUGUAGUGUACGGUAACGUUGGCCGUGCCUGUACCAACGGACGCCCGCAGGCCACCAAUGUGAACAUCCUGGGCUGCACUGCUCCGCCCUGUGAUCUGGUGCGUGGACAGGAUGUGAUCGCUUACAUCGAUUUCACCACCGAUCGUGCCGUUACCAGCAUGACCACUGUGCCGACUGCGACGGCUCUUGGUAUCACCGCUCCCUACCCGCUGCCGGCUGAGUUCGCCGACACCUGUGCCUGGCUCGAGGGCUCCAGCUGCCCGCUGAGCGCCAACGAGGACGUCACCUACCGUCUCACCAUCCCAGUGCUCCCGAUCUACCCGCUGGUUAGUCUGAGCAUCGAGAUCGAUAUUGUGGACCAGGCCGAAAACUCAGUGUCUUGCUUCGUUGUUGAUGCCCGUGUUGUUACCGCUAACUAAUAGAAAUAAAAGCAAAUCCUGAUAUUCAAA